AUGUCCCGAUUGUCUACUGAUGGCAGUAAUGCAUUGGAUAUGACAUCGUCGGACAAAGACUUCCGGUUUAUGGCGACCAACGAUCUGAUGUCUGAACUGCAGAAAGACAACAUCAAACUGGACGACGACUGCGAGAAGAAAGUGGUUCGCAUGCUAUUGAAGCUGUUGGAGGACAAGAACGGUGAGGUCCAGAACCUGGCCGUCAAGUGUUUGGGUCCACUCGUCAACAAAGUGAAGGAAAUACAAGUGGAGACCAUUGUGGACACCCUCUGCUCCAACAUGAUCUCCAACAACGAACAGUUGCGCGACAUCUCCAGCAUUGGCCUCAAGACAGUCAUCGCCGAACUGUCGCCCAAUUCAACCGCUUUGGUCUCAACCAUAUGCAAGAAAAUCACCGGUCGUUUGGCUAAUGCUAUCUCACAGCACGACGAUAUGGGUAUACGUCUGGAGGCACUGGAAAUACUGUCAGAUCUGUUGAAUCGUUUCGGAAACCUUUUGGUUUCAUUUCACGCCAAUAUUCAGGACUCAUUGAUUCCCCAAUUGUUGUGUCAACGCCUCGCUGUCCGCAAGAGAGCCAUCACUGCAUUGAGUUAUCUAACGAUGUGUUGU